CGAGCGGCAGAGCUGACUGCGGGAAGCGGGACCUGCGGCCGCACUUUACUUGCCGCAGGGUCGCGUAAGCUUGCUCGCUUGGCACAUCCCUCGUGUCUUCCGGCGGAGAGCUUGGGAUGUGGUAAUGUCAGCCAGACUUUUCAGAGCCCUGGCCGGAUCUCACUGUAUUUUAUCAAAAGUGUAUCAGUGCCAAAGACUUGCUCAUCGAACGUUAAAACCGCUUAAGGAAUUUGAGACUACAAUAUGCAGCACCGUGACGAGAAGCCAGAACUUGGAUUUAUUCUUUCCUGAGACAGCAGCAAGUGAUUUGAGUAAGUCCCAGGUCCUGGAAACAAGUCAGAAAAUACCAAAUACAAACAUACUGUCUCCAUUAAAUGCUGCACAUUGCCAGGGUGAAAAAGUGCACCUUCCGACCAGGAAAUCGUUUAGUACUCACAGGAAAGUGACUCACAAACCAAAUCUAUUAGGUUCUAAGUGGUUUAUAAAAAUAUUAGAGCGGCAGUACUCAUCUAUAUCAACAGAAACAGUUGUUCCUAAACAAGACUUUCCGCAAAUCAAGAGACCACUGAAAGCGUCGAGGACCAGGCAGCCAUCCAGGACCAACCUUCCAGUUCUCUCUGUGAAUGAGGACCUGAUGCACUGCACAGCGUUUGCAACUGCAGACGAGUAUCAUCUUGGAACUCUCUCUCAAGAUCUGGCCUCCCACGGAUAUGUUGAAGUAACAAGCUUGCCUAGAGAUGCAGCAAAUAUUUUGGUGAUGGGUGUGGAACAUUCUGCGAAAGAAGGUGAUCCUGGAACAAUAUUCUUCUUCAGAGAAGGAGCUGCUGUGUUCUGGAAUGUGAAAGACAAAACUAUGAAGCAUGUGAUGCAAGUCUUAGAAAAACAUGAAAUCCAGCCCUAUGAAAUCGCACUGGUGCACUGGGAGAAUGAAGAGCUUAACUACAUCAAAACAGAGGGACACUCAAAACUUCAUAGAGGGGAAAUCAGGUUAAAUUCGGAGCUAGAUUUAGAUGACGCCAUUCUAGAGAAAUUUGCUUUCUCAAAUGCUCUUUGUCUUUCAGUGAAACUGGCUAUUUGGGAGGCAUCACUGGACAAAUUUGUUGAGUCUAUUCAGUCAAUUCCAGAGGCUUUAAAAGCUGGGAAGAAAGUGAAACUAUCUCAUCAAGAAGUUAUGCAGAAAAUGGGUGAACUCUUUGCCCUGAGACACCGUAUAAACUUGAGUUCAGACUUCUUGAUCACUCCCGAUUUCUACUGGGACAGAGAAAACCUGGAACAACUUUAUGAUAAAACUUGCCAGUUCCUUAGCAUUGCUCGUAGAGUUAAGGUCAUGAAUGAGAAACUUCAACACUGCAUGGAGCUGACCGAUCUAAUGAGGAAUCACCUGACUGAGAAGAGGGCACUCCGCCUGGAGUGGAUGAUCGUCAUUCUGAUCACCAUCGAGGUAAUGUUUGAAUUGGGACGAGUAUUUUUCCUGAUCAAGUGAUGGCCAAAGAAAAGCAUCAGUGCAAGGGAUAUUAAAGUUCUGCAAUCAAAAAUAAAUGCUCACUGUUGGGGGAAUCUCUUAUUUAGUAGGUAUUUAAUUUUUUUUAAUCAAAAAGUUGUGAUCUUUUUUAGCUCCUAAAUGUAUUGCUGCUUGAAUAAAAAUUAUGACAAAUC